AUGUUCUCCCGCUUCUCUCAAUUAGCCAGACAUCUUUCUCGUCCCUUACCAAAUUACGCUCACAAUUCUGCCGCUGCAUAUACAUUUUCAAAUAAAGUCAUGACAUCAUCAGUAUCUGCCGACGAACGUAACUCGAGAACCAUUCACACGGCAGCAUGUUUGAUUAUUGGAGAUGAAGUACUCGGGGGAAAGCAUUGGCAGACAAAUUCGGCUUAUUUUGCAAAGUUUUGUUUCAAGCAUGGAAUAAAUCUAAAGCGUAUCGAGGUUAUUGCAGAUGAUGAGGAUGAAAUCAUUGAAGCGGUUAGACGUAUGUCAAACAACUAUGAUUUUAUAGUCACAUCUGGAGGAAUUGGUCCAACACACGAUGAUAUCACUUAUCAAUCCAUUGGAAGAGCAUUUGGACUCGAAUUGAAGCUUCAUCAAGAAACUUAUGAAAAGAUGAAGAGAUUAUCCAAACCUCAUCCAUCUCAACCAAACUUCAAUUGGGAUGAAGAUUCUCCCGCGAAGAAAGCUAAACUUCGCAUGGUGGAAUUGCCAUUAGAUGAAUCUCGGGAUUUGUCAAAGCAAGUUAUAUUCCCAUGUGAAGAUCUUUGGGUUCCAGUUGCUUGCAUCAAUGGCAAUAUUCACAUCUUACCUGGUAUCCCAAGACUUUUCGAAAGAUUGUUGGAGGGAUUGAAACCAUUUUUACUUCCUCGGUUGACAGAUCCUGAAGGCAAGGGUAUCUGUCGAGUGAUGAUUUCGACUCCCAUGUCAGAGAGUGCUGUAGCACCAUAUCUGACAGAAUUGGCUGCCAAAGUAGAACCAAAGGGUAUCAAGGUUGGAAGUUAUCCCAGAUGGGGAAAAGCACACAAUACCGUUACUUUAGUUGGAAGGGAUCAAGAAUACUUGGAAAGCUUAAUAGCUGAAGUAGAGAAGAAUGUCGAUGGACAUCGUGUUUUGAUAGAAGGAGAAGAUGAUGUUGAAGGCGAACACAAGGAGUGCGAUAUUUCUUAAGUUUUUUUCCUCUCUCCCAAACAUUUUCCUAAUAAUUUCUAGAACAUCUCAAUAAGGAUUUUCCUAGUUGGAUAUUAAAUUUCGAAAUUUCCCCUCAUUUCAUCUCAUCUCUCGGGAUUCCCGUCAGUCAAGGAAUCAUAGGGUCAAAGUACCGAUACAAGCGCUGUCAGAUUAAGAACCAUCAAAAAUGAUUGCGUUGACCGUUGACCGUUGACCGAUAACCGUUUAAAUUUCUCAGAUUUGGAUGUGAUUUGCCCCAGGCUCAGGGGGAAGGGUCAAAUUCCAUCAAAUCAAAUGCAAAUCCCAAUGUACAUAGUUUAAAUUUCUAGCCGUGCACAUGUCGACAUUCAGGGGAAAUUAUCGGCUCCCCAUCAGAGUUUUUAAGAUCAUGACCCAUUCUCAUCUGUGUAUCGAUGUUGGAUUUAAAUUAUUGUGAAUCAUGUUGCGAAUUGUCAUUUUAGAGAUUAGGAUAGGAGUGAGGUUAUGGAUUUGGAUUUGGAUUUGGUUAUGGAUUUGAUUUUGGGUAAGUGGGUGAGGUAAGGUAAGGUGUAGGUGAGGUGAGGUGUAGGUGUGAGAUGAUUUUUGGAAUGGGAUUUAUGUAUUUUAUGGUAUGUAUGAGUUGAAAAUAAGUAUGAUGUGAAUAUU